AUGAUAGUCAGAGAAACACCAGGCCUGGAGGGUUACAGUAAUAUGGAUGAGUCAGAGAACACCGUCUGGAGGGUUACAGUAUAUAAUGGAUAGUAGAGACUACAUCAGUCCUGGAGGGUUACAGUAAUAAUGGAAGUCAGAGAACACAAGUCGGAGGGUUACAGUAUAUAAUGGUAGGUCAGAGAUACACCAGUCCUGGAGGUUACCGUAUAUAAUGGAUGUCCGAGCAACACCAGUCCUGGCGGGUUAAGUAUAGAAUGGAGAGUCAGAGAUACACCAGGCCUGGAGGGUUCAGCUAAUAAGAAUAGUCAGAGCUUCACCAGUCCUGGACGGGUUACAGAUAAUGGAUAG